AUGUUUCCGAGCCCAUGGCAACAACCGCGUUUCACUGAAUCAUUUUAUCCAUCAUCAAUUCCCAUAAUGCUCCGAGAGAUGCCAAAAUAUUGAGGUUUUCUAGGUAUGAUGGCGCUAGGUGUUGUACACUAAAAAGAGAGUAACCUAAAACCUGGAGGGACUUUUAUUAACUGCGAGGAAAAAACGGAGCGGCGAACUACUGAUGUUCAAAUCUAGCUGCUGAGAUUCAUGGAAAAAGGACACGACAGCUCCACCAGUAUGGCAGCGUCAGAGCUGUACACAAAGUUUGCUCGGGUGUGGAUCCCUGAUGCAGAUGAGGUGUGGAAGUCAGCAGAGCUCACUAAGAACUACAAACAUGGAGAUUCCACCCUACACCUCACACUGGAGGAUGGAAUGGACAUUGAGCACAAGCUGGAUGAUAAGACAAAGAACCUUCCUCACCUGCGGAACCCUGACAUCCUGGUGGGGGAGAAUGACCUCACAGCUCUUAGCUACCUGCACGAGCCGGCCGUCCUGCACAACCUUAAAGUCCGCUUCACCGACUCCAAACUCAUCUACACAUACUGUGGUAUUGUGCUGGUGGCCAUUAAUCCCUAUGAGAACCUUCCCAUCUACGGUAGUGACAUCAUCAAUGCGUACAGCGGCCAGAACAUGGGAGACAUGGACCCUCACAUCUUCGCUGUGGCUGAGGAGGCUUACAAACAGAUGGCCAGAGAUGAGAGGAACCAGUCUAUAAUCGUAAGCGGUGAGUCAGGAGCAGGGAAGACUGUGUCAGCUAAAUAUGCCAUGCGCUACUUUGCUACGGUCAGUGGAGCAGCCACAGAGGCCAACGUAGAGGAGAAGGUCCUCGCAUCCAACCCCAUCAUGGAGGCAAUAGGAAACGCUAAGACGACUCGUAACGACAACAGCAGUCGUUUCGGGAAGUACAUUGAGAUCGGCUUCGACAAACGCUACCGUAUCAUUGGAGCUAACAUGAGGACAUAUCUACUGGAGAAGUCCAGAGUGGUGUUUCAGGCGGACGAGGAGAGGAACUAUCAUAUCUUCUACCAGCUGUGUGCGUCCUCCCAUCUACCAGAGUUCAAGAAUCUGAAGCUAGGUAGUGCUGAUGUCUUCCACUGCACCAACCAGGGCCGGAACCCGGUCAUCGAUGGAGUCGACGAUGCUAAAGAGAUGUGCACAACACAACAUGCCUUCUCACUGCUAGGCAUCAACGAGUUGAACCAGAAGGGGCUGUUCCAGGUCCUGGCUGCCAUCUUACAUCUGGGCAACGUGGAGAUCAAGGACCGAGACUCUGACAGCAGCAUCAUACCUCCCAAUAACCGCCACCUGACGGUGUUCUGUGAGCUGAUGGGUGUGACCUACCAGGACAUGUCUCAUUGGCUGUGCCACAAGAAGCUGAAGACAGCCCAGGAGACCUACAUCAAGCCCAUCCCUCGGCUGCAAGCCUCCAAUGCCCGCGACGCGCUCGCCAAACACAUCUACGCCAAAGUCUUCAACUGGAUCGUGGACCAUGUCAACAAAUCUCUGCGCGCCACCGUCAAACAGCACUCCUUCAUAGGAGUCCUGGAUAUCUAUGGGUUUGAGACGUUUGAGAUCAACAGUUUUGAACAGUUCUGUAUCAACUAUGCUAACGAGAAACUGCAACAGCAGUUUAACAUGCAUGUGUUCAAGCUGGAGCAGGAGGAGUAUUUGAAGGAGCAGAUUCCCUGGACUCUGAUAGACUUCUAUGAUAACCAGCCAUGUAUCAACCUCAUAGAGGCCAAGAUGGGGGUACUAGACCUGCUGGACGAAGAGUGCAAGAUGCCUAAAGGUUCAGAUGACUCGUGGGCCCAGAAGCUGUAUAACACCCAUCUGAAGACCUGCUCUCUGUUUGAGAAACCUCGCAUGUCCAACAAAGCCUUCAUCAUACAGCACUUCGCUGACAAGGUGCAGUACCAGUGUGAUGGCUUUCUGGAGAAGAACAAGGACACAGUGAAUGAAGAGCAGAUCAAUGUCCUGAAGGCCAGCAAGUUGGACCUGCUAGUGGAGCUGUUUCAGGAUGAGGAGAAAGUGACCAGUCCGACAGGGACCGCUCCAGGAGGUCGAACACGACUCAGUGUCAAACCAAAACAGAUCAGAUCUGCUGGAGCAAGCAGCAAGGAGCACAAGAAGACUGUUGGCUGCCAGUUCCGGAACUCUCUGGCUAUGUUGAUGGAGACUCUGAAUGCGACCACUCCUCACUAUGUUCGCUGCAUCAAGCCCAACGACCUCAAGUUCCCCUUCACGUUUGACCCUAAGCGAGCGGUGCAGCAGCUCAGAGCCUGUGGUGUUCUGGAAACCAUCCGCAUCUCAGCCGCAGGCUUCCCAUCCAGGUGGACCUACCAGGAGUUCUUCAGUCGUUACCGGGUUCUGAUGAAGCAGAAGGACGUCCUGUCGGACAGGAGGCUGACCUGUAGGAACGUCCUGGAGAAACUGGUGCAGGACCAGGACAAGUACCAGUUUGGUAAGACGAAGAUCUUCUUCAGGGCUGGUCAGGUUGCCUACCUGGAGAAGCUGAGGGCUGAUAAGCUGAGGAAGGCGUGCGUCCGCAUCCAGAAGACCAUCCGCUGCUGGCUGGUACGCAAGAAGUACCUCCGCAAGAAGCAUGCUGCCAUCACCAUCCAGAGAUACACCCGCGGACACCAGGCCCGCUGUCUGGUUAAGUACAUGCGUCAGACUCUGGCAGCCAUCACUAUCCAGAAGUUCCAGAGGAUGUGUGUUCAGAGGAAACUGUACCUACAGAAGCAGGCUGCUGCCCUGGUCAUGCAGACUAUCCUCAGAGCAUACAUGGCCCGACAGAAAUACCAAGGGUUGCUGCGUAACCACAAAGCUGUGUUCAUCCAGAAACACGUGCGUGGCUGGCUGGCCAGACAGCGGUACAAGCGAUCCCUGCGAGCCAUCGUCUAUCUGCAGUGCUGCAUCAGGAGGAUGAAGGCCAAGAAAGAGCUGAAGAAGCUGAAAAUCGAGGCCCGCUCCGUUGAACAUUUCAAGAAACUUAACGUUGGCAUGGAGAAUAAGAUCAUGCAGCUGCAGAGGAAGUUAGAUGAACAGGCUAAAGACAACCGUGUGACUAGCGAGCGGCUGAGCUGUCUGGAGACGUCCCACGCGGUGGAGAGUGACAAGCUGAAGGUAGAGGUGUCUAAGCUGAAGGGGAUAGAAGAGGAAGCCAAGAACAACGCCAACCGUGUCACUUCCCUUCUGGAGGAGCUGGAGAGGCUGAGGAAAGAGCUGACCACCACCCAGAAAGAGAAGAAGACAAUAGAGGACUGGGCUACCAAGUACAGGGAUGAGAUGGAGAAGAUGGUAGCAGAUCUGAAGCAGCAGAAUGGUCUGCUGAAGACCGAGAAAGACGACCUGAACCGAAUGAUCAAGGAACAGAGCCAGCAGAUGACAGAGAAAAUGACUCGUGCAUUAGCGGAGGAGACUCAGCAGUUGGAGAGCGAUCUGAACGAGGAGAGGUCUCGCUACCAGAACCUCCUAACAGAACACCUGAGACUGGAGGAACGCUACGACGACCUCAAGGAAGAAAUCACUCUCUCUGUGAGCGUGCCCAAGCCCGGCCACAGGAGAACAGACUCCACCCACAGCAGCAACGGAUCAGAGUGCACCUACAACUCCGAGUUCGCCGAAUCAGAAGAAAGUUCCCGACAUGGAGAAGAUGUGACCCGGGGCAUGGACACGUCUCUGACUCUGAAGCUGCAGAAACGCGUGACCGAGCUGGAGCAGGAGAAAUCCUCUCUCCGCAACGAGCUAGAAAACAAGGAGGAGCAGUUCCAGCGGGCUAGAGUCAGGGAUGAUGAGGAGCAUAAGAAAUCACGUGGAGCAGAACUGGAGUACGAGUCUCUCAAGCGCCAGGAGCUGGAUUCCGAGAACAAGAAGUUGAAGCACGACCUGACCGCCAUGAGGCAGAGCCUGCUGGGUAAUGCAGGCGCUGGGGCGGGGGCACCAGGAAGUCCACCCUACAAAGUUCUCAUGGACCAACUGAACUCCUCGUGUGAGGAGCUGGAGGUGCGGAAAGAGGAGGUGCUGAUUCUACGAUCUCAACUGGUCUCACAGAAGGAGGCCAUGCAGCACAAGGAGACAAUGACAGAGCCAGUGCACUAUGCAGAGGAUGUUCAUAAGAUGAAGGACUCUGGUGCAAUCACUCAGGCUUAUCUAGGACUCAAAGAGACCAAUAGAUCUCAAAGGUUCUUGCAUAAACCACUAGAAGCCAAUGAGCUCCUAAAUCGGCUCAGAUCCCCCACUGCUGACUUCCAUAGGCUGAAUGAGGACGGAGAGCUGUGGCUGGUAUAUGAAGGGUUAAAGGAGACCAACAGACUGUUGGAGGGCCAGAUGCAGCAGCAGCGGCGUAGCUAUGACAACGAGGUGGAGGUGUUGCGAGGGGAGUUACAGAGUGUUAAAGAGGAGAAUAACCGUCAACAACAGCUGCUGGCCCAGAACCUGCAGCUCCCACCAGAGGCACGCAUAGAGGCUAGUCUACAGCAUGAGAUCACACGACUCACCAACGAAAACCUGGACCUCAUGGAACAGCUGGAGAAGCAGGAUAAAACUAUCCGUAAGCUUAAGAAACAGCUGAAGGUGUUCUCGAAGAAGAUUGGAGAAAUGGGAGCUGGCCAUGUUGAGACUAUAUCUCCGGGUCAGAUGGUUGAAGAGACGGUCCGUCCGGUGAACAUUCCUCGUCGUGAGAAAGACUUCCAGGGAAUGUUGGAGUACAAGAAGGAGGAUGAGCUGAAACUGGUUAAGAACCUCAUACUGGAGUUGAAGCCUCGUGGUGUAGCGGUAAAUCUGAUCCCAGGCCUGCCAGCCUACAUCCUCUUCAUGUGUCUGAGGCAUGCUGACUAUGUCAACGAUGACCAGAAGGUCAGGACGCUGCUCACAUCCACCAUCAACAGCAUCAAGAAGAUACUCAAGAAACGGGGGGAUGACUUUGAGACGGUCUCCUUCUGGCUGUCCAACACCUGCCGCUUCCUACACUGUCUCAAACAGUACAGCGGAGAUGAGUCGUUUAUGAAGCACAACACUCCUAAGCAGAAUGAUCACUGCCUGUCUAACUUUGACCUGGCUGAGUACCGUCAGGUCCUCAGUGACCUGGCCAUUCAGAUCUACCAGCAGCUCAUCAAAUGCAUGGAGAACAUCCUACAGCCCAUGAUUGUCUCUGGUAUGUUGGAGCAUGAGACCAUCCAGGGUGUGUCGGGGGUUAAGCCGACCGGUCUGCGUAAACGGACAUCGAGCAUCGCUGACGAGGGAACCUACACGCUGGAAUCCAUCUUACGUCAGCUCAGCGCUUUCCACUCCACCAUGUGUCAGCACGGCACCGACCCUGAACUCAUCAAACAGGUUGUGAAGCAGCAGUUCUACAUCAUUGGAGCUGUGACUCUCAACAAUCUGCUGCUGCGUAAAGACAUGUGCUCCUGGAGCAAAGGCAUGCAGAUCAGGUAUAACGUGAGUCAGCUGGAGGAGUGGCUGCGUGACAAGUCUCUGAUGCUGUGUGGAGCCAAGGAGACUCUGGAGCCUCUGAUUCAGGCUGCUCAGCUGCUGCAAGUCAAGAAGAAGACGGACGAAGACGCCGAGGCCAUCUGCUCCAUGUGCAACAGCCUGUCCACAUCUCAGAUUGUAAAGGUGUUGAACCUGUACACUCCAGUCAACGAGUUUGAAGAGAGGGUGUCUGUUACCUUCAUACGAACCAUACAGACUCGUUUGCGGGACCGCUGUGAGACUCCUCAGCUGUUGAUGGACACUAAGAUCAUCUACCCAGUCACCUUCCCUUUCAACCCCUCCUCUCUGGCCCUGGAGACUAUCCAAAUACCAGGCUCCCUCAACCUAGCCUUCCUUACCCGCGUCUAACACAUACACGACUAAUAGAUAGGCUAUACAUAGGCAUGCAAUCACAUGCAUACACAAACCAUUCUCUUCCUAACACAUCCAAACACUUACAUACAGUACACACAUACACACGCUCAGCUUCCACCCUACGGUAGUUUUUAUGUCAGUAGUUGAAAGCCCAUCCUCCUCCGCGUGUACAAAUGCUCAACUCUAAGAGAAUGCACCGCUACAGGCCACCUUUUCUCCUAUCUUACCCCCUUUUACUAAGCUACACUCCCCACCUACAACCCCAUUUAAGACCGAGUACCGUGUUCCCCCAGUCCUCUUUUCUCCUCUUUGUUCUCUUCUCAAUAGUGUAGUGUUUUCUAGCAGUCCGGUUCUCCCAUAGGAAUGUAUUACGGUACACUUAAGCUAGCUGUCCAGGGCUAGCAUCACAGCUAGCUAGCUCCUUCAGCUAAGCUCAGCUAGCAGCUGUUGUGUUAUGAUAGGAUGCUAGUGCUUCUACAGUUAUCUAGCUAGCAUCAGUUUUGAGUACAUCGUUAUCUACUCACCCACUGAACACAGUCAAGCCAAGUGCAGUACCCAUUGUCUGUACCAUAAUUUUAUACAUAUAUAAAUACAUAUAAAUAUUAAUAUAUAUAUAUCACUCUAGGGUGUUUUAUUUAUUGCAUUUAUCUCACUCCCUUUCCUAGAAUACGUUUUUCUUUGCAGACAGAAAACAUGGAUACCAUCGACAUGUAGGCUUAUCUCUCCAGCUUUCCAGACCGGAGAGAAGUAUGGCCAUGGAAAGACCACUAGAGUCCUGUAGUAUUAGAAUUAUGUCUAUAGCAGGUGAUCUAUCUAGUCUCAUUUAAUUAGCACUAUUUAAUGUAGCUUUUUAUUUGUUUAGCUCAUGAUGUAUUGUGCUUUAAGAUCUCUCUGCCGUAGCUUUGUCCUGUGUAACCUGCUUCUCUAGUAGAUCUGCACUUUAGCACCGCUGCACCAGAGGUUGAAAUAGAGGAUUAGACUGGAACAGAGGUUGAAAUAGAGGAUUAGACUGGAACAGAGGUUGAAAUAGAGGAUUAGACUGGAACAGAGGUUGAAAUAGAGGAUUAGACUGGAACAGAGGUUGAAAUAGAGGAUUAGACUGGAACAGAGGUUGAAAUAGAGGAUUAGACUGGAACAGAGGUUGAAAUUGAGGAUUAGACUGGAACAGAGGUUGAAAUAGAGGAUUAGACUUGAACAGAUGUUGAAAUAGAGGAUUAGACUGGAACAGAGGUUGAAAUAGAGGAUUAGACUGGAACAGAGGUUGAAAUAGAUAGAGGAUUAGACUGGAACAGAGGUUGAAAUAGAUAGAGGAUUAGACUGGAACAGAGGUUGAAAUAGAUAGAGGAUUAGACUUGCAAUAGAGGGCUAGACUGGACGAGUAGUUUAGAUAGGUAUGGGUAUAAAACUAUCAGGUUUAGACGGCUUCAGCUACUGUACUUGCUUCUCCACUUUAACUAAGUAGUUUGGUUCCAAAACCCCUACAGAGGACUCACUAACUCACACACACACACACACACACACACACACACACACACACACACACACACACACACACACACACACACACACACACACUAGUGACUGUUGUUAAAAACAGAAUCACACUGGAUCCUACAUAUCCACUACCACAUCGUUUCCCAAAACUAUUGGUCGCGGCCACAUGUGGGGGCGCCUGAUUUUUAAAAAUGGGGUUGAACAAAAAUACAAUAAAACCGAGCUUUGUUCAUAGAACCAGGGUUACGUCGGUAACCUCCGGUAGCCUCUAGAUACAGUUGUAAUAAACAGAGCGGUUUCUGUUUUCUUCCUACAAAUGUGGCUCUAUCUUUUAAACGGUUCAAGAUACAAAAUAUUAUGACCCCAUCACUGAAAGAUAAGACUCUCAGGAACACGUAUGUGUCUUCUGUUUCCCUCCACAAUGGCCACAAGCCUCAUUAGAACAGAGUGGACAAGACCAGGAACUAAAUCAGCUAAAACAAUAAGUUUACAUUAGCGUUGGAGUCGUGUUUUUUUUAUAUAUAUCAAAAUGGGGCUGCGGACAACAGUUGGAACUCCUGCAGUACCAACUACUACAUAUCUUCACUUCUAAGUAUCUACAUGUCCUCACCCCACCCUUCUGUCUGCUCCACUCUCUGUACGUUAUGAUGGACAAGAUCUGUAGGUAUUCCUUUCAGUAUUAUAGCCUUGAAAGGAGGUUGUGCCUGUUACUAAACCUGGUUACCACUGAGCCAGUCUGUUUUACUGUAGUUGCUCUCAUAAUCCAUCGCAUUUAGACUCAGUAUCAACCAUGUCUUGAAUAUUUUUCCCUACAGCCUGUAUUAAAUGCUGUCAUGCCAGCUUUACUCCAGAAACUAAAUCACUUCUUUGUAGACUAACUAUUACAUGCCCUGGCUACAGUCUCUACUCUAACCUACUCUAACUCUUACCCCCGUCUUUCAUUCCCUACUAACCUACUCUAACAACUCCUUCACUGUCUCCCCAACCACCUCUUCACUGUGUCCCAACAUCAGCCAAAUCUGUUUUCAUGGCUCUACUUUUAGAGAAAGCUGCCAUGUUGUUGCUCAGCACCAGAAAGUGACCAGUAGAGGGCGACAUUGGACACUAGGUCACAUGAUUGGCUUCUAUAGAACCAGACAUUCUGCCAGAUGUUCUAUAGAAUCAAAGAAGAUCUACAAACAUUCUAUUCACUACUACUAAGGCCCUUCUAACCUCUCUGACUGGUCAACCGCUGAGGGACAGAAAGGAUAGAACUACAUUUAUCAUCAUCGUUGCCUCUCUUCCUUACUUGUGCCAUCAGUGUUCACCCAUACCCUAACUGCUCAUCAACCACCAACUUGAUUUAACCAUCAACCUUAUUGUUUAACCUUCAACCUUAUUUUACCGUGAAUCUUAUUAUUUACCGUGACCUUUAUUUGCCUACCAACCCUGACCCUUUGAACUUUGUUACCUGACCUAUAGAGACACGCGACUCAAAACAUAUUAUUAUUAUUACUAUCAUUGAUGUAGGAGUCAAAUUCAUGUUUAAACUUGUUUUGUGAUGCAAUUUAAUUAAUAAUCAUAUAUUUAUUAUUGGGACCACCAUGAGUGUAUUGUAUAAAAAUUAAAAAUUGCCUUUUUGUUACAUUUUUGCAGCGUUGCAUUUUAAUGAAGGAUUUUUAGGAAUACGUUUUAGGUUGUUCAACAUGUGUGUAGUGAUACCAGAUCUAAAAUGCAAAUCUGCAUCUUGGACGAUACUGGAAAAUAAUACUGGCAAUACUGCAGGUUUUACCCUUGUGAAUGUUUUAGAGCUGUUAUUGAUCAUACAUAUAGGAUGACUUCAUUGUUACUCAUGUUUGGGACAAAGCCUUACAUAUGAUUUUAAAAACACUAUCAUCUCCUGUCUUUGUCUGUCUGUUACACAACUACUGUUUUAAAAAGUAGCAUUAUUAUUAUUGAAUGUUUUGACAAGUUGUCCUUAGAUCUUAUUUCAGAGGCUGGGAUUCAAGGAUUGUUUUGCUUUCUGUCUAGUUGCACUUUUUGAAAUAUUUACUGAACAAGUUUAAUAAACGCUGAUAAAGUUAGUUCUGUCUGCCCUUAACCUAUCUGAUAUGAUUCUAAUUUCUUUGAUCAUCAUGUGGUCUAUGUUCCUCCAGAGAGGUCAUCUAGCUGUAGUCAUUUACACAGUAGAAGGCUAUAGUCUUAGUGACUAUCCCAAAUGGUACCAUAUUCACUAGAUAGUGCACAGCUUUUGACCAGGGCCCAUAGGGAAUAGGGUGCCAUUUGGUAUGUACCCUUAGUCCAUUUCUAUGAUUAGCCUUCUUUAAGCAGUGUAGAUGUCCCGCUCUCCCCUUCCCCUUAUAGUGUCCCACUCUGUAGAUGCCGUGUGCCUCAGACAGGCUUGUUCAUGUAGACACUCUGUGGUACGACCGGUCUUCACCUCAUUUUAAUGUACAUUUUAACAUCUCCAGAUGGUUCUUAAAAUAGAUACUUAAAAUCUCCCUUUUUAUGGUUUUGACAAUUGAGGUCAAUGCUAAAGUAUCACAUCAAGUCACGACAUCAUCACUAACCGACACAUCUCAUUGACCUAAUGAUCUGAAGACUUCAUACAGUCCACCUGUGGUAGAGAUGCUGAACUCUGCUCUUCUCCAUCUCCUCGCUUCUAUUCACUUCUUUGUCCUCUCUCCUCCCGUGUGUACAUCAGGAGAACUGGACUGUGUGUAUAAUUCCUGGUAGCUGUACUUAGUGAAUGUGUUCACCAUUAAGAAACUUGGAAUACGUUUAAAUUGUCAAACCCUGUAAAAGACAAAUAAAGGAAUUCAGCACUGAAAA